AGAGCAGAUGGAGCCGCGGUGCCGGGGUCUGGGCGGCCCUCACAUCUCGGACCAGUGUCGGUGUGAUAGCCGAGCAGAGAGGUAUACUGCCCGUGCAUUGUGGUCCCCCGCCGCUCGCUUGGCUCCUCACUCGGGGCCCUGCUGGCUAUGGUGAAGGUGCAGGACACGGAGCCGCGCCAAGGUGGUGAGGCAGGCCGGUGCUGAGUGGCGGGGCGGGGAGAGAGAGAGACAGGGGGACGUGAAGUAAAGGAAAAAUAAUCUCGAGUAAAGGUGGACACUUUUUUAACCUCCGUCGCCCCACGAUGAAGCGAAGACUCGUACGGCAUGUGGUGAUCCAGGUGUGCUUCGCGGUGACUCUCAUGAUAGCAGGUUGCUUCGCUAAUCCGGACGCGAAACGGUUGUACGAUGACCUGCUCAGUAACUACAACCGACUCAUCCGGCCCGUGGGUAACAAUUCGGAGAAACUCAUCGUUAAACUUGGCCUCAAACUGUCCCAGCUGAUUGAUGUGAACCUGAAGAAUCAAAUUAUGACAUCGAACGUGUGGGUGGAACAGGAGUGGAAUGACUACAAGUUGCGCUGGAAUCCUGAGGACUAUGGGGGCGUGGAAAUGCUCUACGUGCCCUCUGAACACAUCUGGCUACCCGACAUUGUGUUAUAUAAUAACGCUGACGGGAACUACGAGGUGACCCUGAUGACGAAGGCGACUCUCAAGUACACGGGCGAGGUGGUGUGGAGGCCCCCUGCCAUCUACAAGUCCUCGUGUGAGAUUGAUGUUGAAUGGUUCCCCUUCGACGAGCAGUCUUGUAAUAUGAAGUUUGGCUCCUGGACCUAUGAUGGGUUUCAGGUGGAUCUGAAGCACACCAAGCAGAAGCGAGGAAGCAACAUCGUGGAAAUGGGAAUAGAUCUAAGAGAGUUUUACGCCUCUGUGGAGUGGGACAUCCUUGAGGUCCCCGCCAGGAGAAACCAAGAGUAUAUUCCUGAUCUGCCGGAGCCUUACCCAGAUAUCACGUUCAACCUCACCAUGCGACGCAAGACGCUCUUCUACACCGUGAACCUCAUCAUCCCCUGCGUGGGCAUCUCCUUCCUCACCGUGUUGGUUUUCUACUUGCCCUCAGACUCCGGGGAGAAGGUUACUCUCUGUAUCUCCAUUCUCCUGUCCCUCACCGUGUUCUUCCUCCUGCUGGCGGAGAUUAUCCCCCCCACCUCCCUCGCCGUGCCGCUGCUGGGCAAGUACCUGCUCUUCACUAUGAUCCUCGUCACGCUCUCCAUCUGUGUCACCGUCGGAGUUCUCAACGUGCAUUUCAGGUCUCCAUCCACCCACAAAAUGUCUCCAUGGGUAAAGCGAGUCUUCAUCCACGUCAUGCCCCGUCUACUACUGAUGAGACGACCCCAGUACGACCCCAGAAGUAGACAGUCACCAUCUGAACAGGAAUAUAUGGAUGGAAUGGUGGAUGGGGACUUGAGCGACCCCUUCGGCGGGGAGCCCUACGUGGAAUACAACGGUGAUGGGGGAAGCCUUUCUGGGGACGCGCCAAGUUACAAAUUUAGCGAAGAUUUCCUGUCCUCGCACGGAACUGGGAAGUGUGACCUGGGUGGGUGCCACAUUCACAGCCAAAGGACCUACUCCCCAGAGAUCCAGAAGGCUAUUGAAGGAGUGCAGUUUAUCGCUCAACAUAUUAAAGACGCGGACAGAGAUAAUGAGGUGAUACAGGAUUGGAAGUACGUAGCCAUGGUGCUGGAUCGCCUCUUCCUGUGGGUGUUUACCAUUGCCUGCGUGGCGGGGACCUGCGGCAUUAUCUUCCAGGCACCCUCCCUCUAUGACACACGGGUGCCUAUUGACCAGCUGUACUCGGAAAUCAAGACUGCCUUCAAUACCACCAAGCACAACCUGUAAAGAGCGUACCCCCCUCUUGCGGCAAGUUCCGUCAAGGUUCUACAUUAGAUCUCACCCAAAUCGCUAACCAGUGACUACUGUGAGUGGCUCUGUAACGCCUCUCUUCUUCUCUGUACUCUCCCCCGCCCUUACUGAUUUACCUACUGAUUUUUCGCUCUUCCUGUGUUGUGAGUUGUUGUGAACGGGUCUCUGUGUUACCAAUUGUGGACAAGUCUUCAUUGUUGUGAGUUUUCAUGGCCUAGUUUUGUUUAGGUUUCCAGAUUUUGCAUUUCGUUUUCUGGUUGUGCUUUUUUUUUCUUUAGUCUGCGGUUCCGUAUAUCUCUUUUCAGUCUUCCGUUUUCUGUUUUCCGUUUUCUUUGGCCUUGAACUGACAAAAGUUCUGUUCCCGUAUCUGUUUUUAACUCCGUUUUUUGUUGUGCUUUAACUCUGAAGCGAACGGACUAAAUUUCUGAUCCGUUUUCUCUUUUCAACUCCCGUUUUUUUUGUUGCAUUCUGCCCUUGAAGCGAAUCGACAAUUUCUGUUCCACUUUCCGUGUUAGCUCCAUUCUUUACUGCGCUGUAACCCUAAAGUAGAUCAACGCUUACCUUUUGUCCAGUGUUUGUGUCCUCGAGAGUCCACCUGCGGCACUCCUUCACUCCAGUGUUCGCGGAGUGAGGACUUCCUGAAUACCCGUGACUAAGUGAGGUCGUGACACGCAUCGCUCACUUCCACAUUCACCUGCCCUCUGUGGCUUCAUUACCUUUGGCGAGCGAGGCUUCACACGCUCGCUUCGCCUCACUUGAAUGCGGACUUAAGGAAAGGCUUGGCGGCAUUUCCUCGACAACCAAAGCUUCCACGGCCGUGCAAAGACAACCUUCUUGGCAUACACUCCUUUAAAUUAAAUUCGUAAUAAGCAUGUGAUGUUUAUGAUUAGUGAUACGGUCAGUUUUGGUACACGAUUCUUUACAAACAACCCUUUCGUAAUAAGAGUUGUUUAUGAUCGUCCAUACGUCAAAUUCAAUCUUGCUACGUUAUCCUAUACAACCAUUUCUUAAUAGGCAAGCGAUGUUUAUGUUGAAGUCAAUGAUUUAGUCAAAAAACAAGCUCCCGGACUCACGAUAAUUUACACACAGUCAUGCAGUGAAAAACAGAACAACGCUUUAACGAAAUGGACGGUCAAAACUUUUUAAUUCAGUUAAUUCAGUAACGUGAAACUAUGUACUCUCGAAACUCAUUCAUUUAGUAACGUGAAACUACCUUUGCAAUACGCAGCCCCUUUAGUCAAUGAUUUACUGACAAAAAAAAAAAAAAAAUGAGACGUACAUACAAGUGUACUGUUACAAUUCAUUCCCUUUAAUACAACACGGCGCAAAUGCAAUAAUGGCCAAAUUUAUGUACAAAAUACCAGCGGUUUGAUAUUUGAUGGUUGAUUUCGUAUUUCAACUGGUAUAUUUGUUUUUGUAACUCGUUAAUUCCUGUGAUUCAGUCAGUUGCUGAUAAGUUAUUUUUUUCUCGUCUUUUUCCUUGAUUAUCUUUCGUUCUUUAAGUAUAAGGAAGACAGAGUAAGAGCAAGAAAAAAAAAAUAUAUAAAUACAUAAAUAAAACAAGGAAAUAAGCAAAUAAAUGAUUAAAUAAAUAAACAAAUAAAUAAAUCUAUCACAGGGUAGCGUUAACGAGAAGAAAAAAAAUAAUCUGAUGCUCAAAAUGAAAAUGAAAAUCAAAGAAAAAUAAGAAUUUAGGCGAAACUUGUACUUUUUCAUUUACUUUGUCCAAAUCAUUCCUUCACAUUUUCUUUCCUUUUCUUCACGCAACAGUUGAAAGUUACGAGUGUUUAUCUAUUUCUUUGCUUUCCCGCUUGUUCAUUGCUCCCUUGGUGGUUGUAGCAGUCCGUGAACAAGCUAACAAGCCCCAGCACGCAAGAGACAAAGCCACUGUGCUGUUUACUAAACUGAGAUUGACAAUAACCUAGACAUCCUCUCAUACAUCCUUUUGUCUUUCCUUCCCUUACCACAACCCGCCCCAUGAUGUGUCUCCCGUUUUCUUUCAUCAUUUAGGGUAACUAAGGCAUAUAUUUAGGCUCAAUAGGCUCUCCAUUCUGUAGUAGGCAAUGGUGAUACUUUUUUUCUUAUUAAGUAAUGAGAGUUUUCCUAGCUUGCCACACCUGAGUAUUUUAGAUGGUAAGGUAAGGAUUUUUGGUCAGUAGGGUUACACUAGAGAACCAUAAUAUUAUCCAUAAUAACUCUUAUGUAUCAUACCUCUACGCUUUCAUCAUUAUACAAAGAAGCUGCUGUUUGAAAUAAGGUGUUUAAGGUACGUGUGUGUGUACAUGUGCGCGUGCGAGUGCGCGUGUGAGUUUACGUAUGUACGAGCGCCCAAUUGUGGUCUUAAAGGACAAAAAAAUAAAAAAAAAUGCUUACUUUAACUUCCAAAAACUGAAAUCAAUACGCUAAAACGUUACGCGAUUGUUAAGUGACGCCGCGGUGUAACUAAGGCGUCGCGAUAACCAGUCACUUCGCUGCUCAAGAAACGCGACAUUGCGGGAGGAAGGGCAAAGCAGAACCAAAGCAGAGGGAAAGUCGAGGCAACUCCCACGCGAGAAUUAUCAAAAUAAUGCACUGGUCUUUGAGUCACCAGAUGCAGGUCCCCCUCAUGACACAGAGGCGCAGGUGGAUAGGUAGAGAAGCAGACCCGCCCUGUCAUACACAAAGCAAUGUAAAUAACUCAAUUUUUCAAACACAUGGACUUUGUUUAGUGAGUCCCUUUCUCCCCUUUUCUCGUACCUGGGGAUUGAAACUGCCAGGUGAGGGGAAAGGUCGAGGUACAGUACAGGUGUGUGUCGUGUCACCUGUUACCUGUGUAGCGCGCCCAGCUCACCUGCCGCUACAAGGGCCUAACGUUGUACAGGUGAGGGAGGAACCAGGUGUCCGUGGCAGUGUUGCGUCAUGGUUGGGUUGAGUGUUUUUAGUGUGUUUUAGCUUGAAUAAAUUGAAUACAUUGAAUAAACUGUAUGAGAUUCACAGUCUGUUAUUAGUUUGUUCUAUAUGAAGUGUUUGUUUCGUGUAGAUCUGGUUCUUGGUAGUCUUAUUAACAUGUGUUCUUGUGUUCCAGUGUUUAGCAAUUGAUAUAAGAUUUGAUUCGACUUUUUUUACUUUUGGUUGUUAGACUUCAGGAUUGAAUUAACUUCCCUUUGCAGUCUUCAUUUUUUAAGAGUUCUUGUGCUCGAAUGUUCUUCACUGACUGAUACAAGAUUCCACUUUCUAUCAUAUCUGCUGUUUAUUGACAGAUCCUUUUUCAUUUUCCUUAUGAAUCGCGUAUAUUAUAAAGUCUUUUCAAUAUACUUUCCUUGAGUGUUUUCGGCCCAGAUCCUGCCGACAUUUACAUUAUCACCACCACUCAUAUCAAUAUUUCGUGACGCCUUGAACGAGCGCACCUCAGCUUUUAUUUGGGCAGGUGACGCAUGAUAGUAAAUAUUGAGCCCGUCACUCGUAUCGCCGCUCCUCGUUGACAGACGGACAGGUGUGUUUGAGCGGCCCAGGUGACGGCAGGUGAGGAGACGCUUCUUGCCCACGAGUAAUAAGUGGACGAGGCAAUAAGGAGAGUAAUAUUAGACAGUAUGGUCACUAACAGUCAAUAUGUGGCACCGUUAUGAACUCUAUAGACUAAAUUAAGUGUUUUCCUUUUUUUUUUUUUUAAUAAGUUGAGGAGAUAAUAGGGUAAUGUUAUGAUCACCGAGAGUCAAGAGUCAAUACUUGUCACAAUUAUAAACUCUGGUGGCGAGAUUUUGAAGUAAAUGAUACGUUUACUAUGAUAUCACGAUCACUAGGUCCUAAUUUAAAUGAGUCAAUAUGCACGACCACUACGCACUCUGGUAACAGGAAUAUCAACUAAUUUGACAUUUUUAUUACAAAGAGACUAACAAUAUCACCAGCUCCCGAGGCGAGUGAAAGUCAAGAUGCGUCACGAGAAGAAACGCAAAUGAUUGAAAUAAAAACUGAAUGGUCCUAUUCCUUUGUAGAGACAGUAUAAUAUUAAGAUCACCAGGUUGUAAUACUAAUGAGUCAAGAAGUAAAUGAAUAACACUGUAUUGCCCUAUCUUUUCAACAACGAAACUCCCCGAGACAUAACAAGGAGGCAUUACAGUAAUGAAAUCACUCAUAAAUUAUUCACGUCCAGUUACUAGAGUGGUUUCUCGAGUCCACAACACACAGAUCUAUAUUAACGAUCAUCAGUUAAGAGGUUUUGCGUAAGUCAACUUUCUACGCAUACUUUCUAUGGGAGAAUCAAGGAAUUUUCCAUAAUCAAGCAGAAUGUGAUUAGCCAAGGAUAAAAAGUAACCAUUUCUUAAUUUAUCUUGAACCAGAGCACCAGGGGAUAUAUUACCAAAUGUUCGAUUAAUAAACUAUGGCCUUUGAAAAAUAGCCAAUAUGGGGAUACAGUGCUUAAGAAUACGAUCCCAGAAGGGUUUUUCAAGGAUGCUUUCAUGAUUCCAGUGGCGGUUAACAAGAAUCUGCACCGUCAGUACGAAAGACUCCCAUGAGAACUCGUUUAAUCAUCUGUAGCCUUUGGAAAAUAACCACAAUGAAAGAAUAAUGUUUUAAGAACACUAGGCCAGAUGGGUUUUUAAGGGUGCAUUCAUGAUUCCAAACAGAUCAUCAAGAAUUCUAUACCGUUAAAUGGAAAAAAAGACACCCAUAGAUACUUGACUAAUCCCUGUGGCCUUUGAAAAAAAAAAAAUACAAGAAAACUGAAGAAAAAGAGCCCAGAUGGAGAUUUCAAGGGUGUUUCAUGAUUCCAGACAGUUUAAUGAGAAUUUUGAGCCGUUAACUGGUAAAAAAAACACCCAUGAAAACUUGGCUAAUCAUUUAUAUAACCUUUGCAAAGUAACCCCCAACGAGAGAACAGUGCUUAAUAAAACGAAUCUGGAUACUAAUACACUUCAGAUUCCGCUGUUUGAUCAAGAACCAAACUUGGAGAGCAGUUCAGAUAAGCUGUAUAUUAACCCACUGUUCCGUUAUUGUGGUAUUAAAGGGAGGGAGAAUAUUCACGCGUCUUGUGACCCUAAUAAACUCGGGCCCAUAUUGCUCAAGCCCCCACAUACAACAAACAACGUGCAAUAUAUUCAGAGUCAGUCAACCUACAGAUUUUCCACACAAUGCUUCCCUGAUCUUGCCUCCCCAUCUGUUAUCUGCAUUUCCUUUUUCUCUUCUUUUUCUUGUUUCUCUUGUCUUUUAUCCUGUUUUUCAUUUCUCAUUAAUUUCCUUAAAUAUUCUUUACCUUAUCUUACCUCCAAUUAUCUGUUUUUCCUUUUUUCCUCCUUGUCACUGUUUCCUUCCCCAUUUCCCUUCCCAUUCUUUAUCCUUUCAUUCCCUUCCCCUUCCUUUCCUUAAAAAUCCUUUACUUUGUUCUUCCCCCUCACCUUUACUUCUCUAUCCUUUAAAAUCCCUGUUUCUUCCUUUCUCCAUGUUUUAUAUUUCUCCCCUCUCCCUCUUCCUUCUCUUUAAAAUACCACCGUUCUUUCCUCUUCCCAUCACCUCUCCUUCGUCCUUCAAAAUCCUCCAAUUCUCAUAUUUUCCUCACCUAUCGUUCAGAAUUAUCGCAUUUUCUCCUUUCAAAACCCUUUCCUCAUACUUUUCUAUCUUUCGUCCUUAGCUUUUCAAAAUCAUAUAAUUAUAUCUUAAAUUUUCUCCUCUUUCCAUUUUAAAUUCCCCUUCUCAUCGUCUUUGUCUUAAUGGCGCCAAAUAUCGAUAACUCUUACUGGGGCAGGUACAGAUACAGGGGGACAUCCUCUCCCGAACAGGUGAACCACAAGAAAUUCCUCCUGAAGUCGCCAAAAACCCGCUUCCCUUAGAUAGAGACUUGUAGAUUAGCAGGAGGUGAUAUGACGGCCCCCCAGUCACUUCCUCCGUUUUUGUUACGCGUUUUCUAUCGCCACGUUUUCUGUGAAGUCGGGAUAAGAAGCUCCCAAGUAUCUCUCGGUCGAAUUCUUAAACAUUUCGACGCCUCAGCUGCCUCUACGUUCAACAGCCUCUUGUGCAAGUUCCUCCGGUUCUCCAGGGGUGUUUUCAUAGUUUUAGAGAUGGUUUACUGAAGGGUGUGUAGCAUUACUGGGGGAAAUAUUAACGAGAGCCUGAGUAAUUACCGUUAUGGCAUUUGAAAGUAGUGGUGGUAAAGGAACAAGUGUCCAAGAAUGCUGGCCUGGGUACGCUGCUGACAGAGGCCGGGAAGUGUUGUUAUGGUAAGGGAUCUGAUUCUCCUUUCUACGUGUGUUCUGUGUGGGAGUUUCACGCGGGUUGGAAAGCUACAGCGGUUAGGAAAAGAUGUGAAGAAAGAGUAUAGAUUUUUUUUUUUCAUCAAAACUCGAAAAAAAAAUAUGCAGUUUCCAUUUUGCAAUCCCAGAAAACAAUGAUUUUCUUCCGGUUUUCCUUCUCGGUCUAUGAAAUGUUCAGGCGUGUUGCAGUUAUAGGAGAGAACAAAUGUACCUAAGAAUUUUUUUACGGAAUAUCAACAAUCGAAGAAAAAUGUAUCUCUCAUUUUGCAGUACGAGGAAAAUUAUUGCGUGAUUUUUCUUGAUCUUUUCAUGGAAUUCUCUCGAGAGGUGCAAAGUUAUGAGAGAAAAAGAAAGAAAACAGUACAGAAACCCGAACAGAAAAAAAAAAAUUUCCACUUUUAAAUACGAGAAAAGGAAUGAUCAGUUCUUGCCUAUAUUUAAUAUACUAAAAAAAAAAAAAGAACUUUAAAAAUAUAGAAAGUAAUGAGAGAAAAUAAGAAAGGAAAAAAAAACACGAGAAAACGAAUGAUUAUUUCUCUCCUAACCUAACGCUCAUACAUGAUAAAUAGAUAAAUAAAUAAAUAAAUAAAUAAAUAAGAAAAAUACAACUCCCGCUCCAACACACUUUCCGGCCUCCCAACCCCUUCCCCCCCGACCCAAGACGAUAAUAAAUGAAAAGCAACGUUGUACUGUGAAAUCAAAACCAGUGCCCAAAACCACAACCCGUACACCAGUCCUCAGUGUUUCGCUCACCCCUUGUUGUUACCUCUAAGAACUCAUUUGGAAACACUGAAAGCUCCCUGACUCCUCAUGAUCAGUAACUGUGGCUUCUUCGUCAUUAACCUUCAAAUAUUAAAUAAAAAAAAAGAUGUAAAUAUAAUAACAAUAAUAAAAUAAUACCUUGUUUUACACCUGACAUUCUUGUUGCAAAGUUUUCCCUUUCGAACUUGUAUUAUAAUUUGUGGGAUGGUUUACAACUUUUCCUUCCCUUUAGACGUGUAAGAAACUCCUCCAUUCCCUGCCCAUGUUUUUUUUUUUCCUUGUAAUUUAUCUGUAUUUUGUUCGUUGGUUUUAAGUUUUUCCUUCUCUCUUAAACACGUCAAAAAACUCCCACUUCUUACUCCUAUUUUCUUGCAAUUUGUCUUUUUUUUUUUUGUGGGAUUAUUUACAAGUUUCCUUCCUCUCAGCACGUGUCAAAACUCAAUGUCUUGUUCAUAUUUUCCCUCGUAACGUGUAUUUUAAUUUAUGGGAUGGUUUAAACUUUUCUUUCCCUUGAAACACGUAUAAAAAAAAAAAUCUUGUCAAUAUCUUUUCCUUGUAACUUAUUAAUAUUUGUGGGAUAUUUGAACUUCUUUUUUUAUUAGAAAUAAGUCAAAAAUAUCUAUAAUUUUUUCUUGGUAUUUCCCCUUAAACUUAUCUAUUACUUCAUGGGAUAUUUUGAACCCUUUCAGUACCCACAUCCCAAAAAUCCAUAAUACUAGUUAAUAUUUCAACUGUAAUUUCAAUAUAUUUUGUCGGACAUUUCCGUCUUUCCCCCCUCCAACACAAAUAACCCAAGCAGUAUGUAUAUUUCCUAACCAGUAACUUAAAUAGUAAUCAGUUUAUGUUCUGAGUGAUAUAGGACACGCCAUCUCUAAUCUCAUUUUAAGCUCAACUAUUUCAAUAACCUAACUAACAUUUUGCUGAUCUCACGCGUCUUAUCUAUCUACUUUCCUUCUCCUCCAGUCUUCUCUCAAUUUCACUAAUAUAGCUUACAUUUUUCCCUUAGCUAGUCCUUUCCACCUUCUCACGGGUCUUACUUGUCUAGAUUCACUGUCCUCCAGCCUUCAACCUCAUUCAUUUCACUUUCCUAGCUUACAUAUUCCAUUUGUUAAUCUUUCUUCACUUUUAGCUCAAUCAUUUCACUAUUUGAGCUUAUUUCCUCCUGCUACUCUCCUUCCUUUAACCAGUCUUGGUAUCUGUCUAAUUUCACUGUUCUCAAAUUUUCACUCUAAGCUUAGUUUCUUGGUCUCCUCGAUCUUCCCUUGACGGAUCUCACUGUCAAUCUAUUUCUGUCCUUAGUCUUUUCAUUGGCUUAUAUUUCACCCCCUACCUAGUCUCCUCCUUCUUUUCGAGGGUUUUGGUGUCUGUCUCUUUACUUUCACUGUCUAAUUUCAAUAUCUUAGCUUAUAUUUUCCCCUUUGCUAGUCUCCUCACCUUCUCUCUUCACGGGUCUUAGUGUCUCUCUCUCCACAGUCAGACGCUAAAAAGUCUAUUCAGUGGUAUUGAUGUAUAUACUAUAUUUGUAUCGAGACCGCAAUAAAUGGCUGUCGAUCUUA